AUGGCUGCCCCCGCAGUUAUAGUUAAACGCGCCUGCAAAUACUAUGGACAGCAAGACAAACAAGACUUCAAGCCUGUCCUGCAUUACUUGGACAUGACAGUCGAGAAAGGCAUUAUAUAUGGUCUCUUAGGCGCAUCUGGAUGUGGUAAAACGACACUUCUCUCCUGCAUAGUUGGAAGACGAAAAUUAGACAGUGGGGAGGUAUGGGUUUUGGGAGGAAAGCCAGGCGAAAAGUAUAGUGGGGUGCCAGGACCGCGAGUGGGUUAUAUGCCUCAGGACAUCGCUCUCGUCGGAGAAUUUACAGUACGUGACGCGAUAUACUACUUUGGAAGAAUCUAUGGAAUGAAGAAGAAGAAAAUGAUUGAGAGAUUCGACUUUCUAUCGAAUCUUCUAGAACUUUCUAAUGGUAAUAGACUGAUUAAGACCCUAUCUGGUGGGCAACAAAGGCGAGUAUCGCUUGCUGCUGCGUUGGUCCAUGAGCCAGAAUUAUUAAUUUUGGAUGAACCUACGGUGGGAUUGGAUCCUGUUUUACGAGAACGAAUUUGGGAGUUCCUCGGUGGGUUGGCUAGGAGUGGUACAACUGUUAUUAUAACUACACACUACAUUGAUGAAACGAAGCAAGCACAUAAGAUCGGUCUUCUCCGUGACGGUCAACUCUUAGCAGAAGACUCUCCAGAGGAAAUCCUACGAAAAUACGACUGUGAUACGCUAGAAGAUGCCUUUUUGAAGAUGGCGAUCAGGCAGCACGAUUCACACAGACGAAGAUCGACAUUAACAUCAUCUCCCGACGUAGUUCCAGAAAAUAACAUAAUAAACGACAGUCGGUAUGAGUCCAGAGAAGAUUUCAGUGUCGUCACCAGUAGUACAGAUGUUUUAACCACUAAAGAAAAACCAGAACGCAUUCGAAGUUUGACCAGAGCACGGUAUAAGGCAGUAUUUAUAAAGAGUAUACAACAAUUUGGCAGGCACCCUGGAGGACUGUUUUUCUCCUUACUGUUCCCUGUCAUACAAGUGGUGGCGUUUUUUCUAGCGGUGGGACACGAUCCAAGAGACUUGCAUCUUGCCAUUGUUAAUGAUGAAGCGACUUAUUUCAACGUGGAUUACGAAGCGUGUAGAAACGGUAGCGCGACGACUGUGUUCCGGAGAGAGGACGAAACCUGUGAACAACACAUGAUGAGUUGCUGGUUCUUAUUGGAAAUGGAGAAACGAAAGCUAUACGCAACACCAUACGACUCAGUAGAAGAAGCAAAAGAAGCAGUGAGCAAAAAAUAUUUGUACGGUGCUCUUCAUUUCCGUAGCAAUUUUAGUGAAGCACUCACCAUGCGCGUGUCCGGCGCCAACUUGGACGACGACACGGUGGACGAGAGCACCAUCAGCGUGUGGGUGGAUACGACGGAUUAUCAAAUAUCGUUUUUCAUCAAAGGGCAAAUGCACAAAACGUACGAGGCGUUCGCGAAACGCUCAAUGAAAGCGUGCGGGAACAAUGAAGAUCUAGUACAAAUACCAGUGAGAUUUGAAGAGCCAAUAUAUGGAGUUAUGGAAGCUGAAGUCGUAGCGUAUAUGGCCCCGGGUGUUAUGGUCACGAUAAUCUAUUUCCUGGCGGCGAUAGUGACGUCGACGCUGAUGAUAGCGGACCGGCUGGAGGGCGUGUGGGAGCGCAGCGCGGUGGCGGGCGUGCGCGCCGCCGAGAUGCUGCAGGUGCACGUCGUGCUGCAGUCGCUCGUCAUACUCGUGCAGACUGUGGAAAUGAUGACAGUAUCCUAUUUAGGAUACAGUCUGCCCUACAAGGGCUCUCUAUGGACAAUGGGUUCCCUCCUGUUCCUGCAAGGGUUGGGAGGGAUGUGUUAUGGGUUCCUGCUUUCAGUGCUAUGUUCCAGUUACACUUUAUCCUUCUUCAUAGCUACGGGCAGCUUUUAUCCCAUGAUUUUGUUAUGUGGGAUUAUUUGGCCAUUAGAAGGCAUGCCAUCAGCCUUGAGGCUGUUCUCAUUCGUGCUGCCUUUCACCCUGCCCGCUAUAUCUCUCCGGGGGCUGAUGGAGAAGGGCUCCACAAUCCUCGACCCUGAGGUGUAUAAUGGAUUCAUCGUCACAUUAGCCUGGAUAAUUGGUGCCCUAGCCCUUUGCUUCUUACGACUAAAGUACAAAAAGACG